GAGCGUCGCCAAGUUUAUUGAAAGCGCAGAACCCGUGAGCUUCGGACGUGUUUCGCUCGGCCGCAUCUUUCUCUCCGUCCGCCUCCGACUUCGAUCUCCGAUCUCCGAUCCCGCGAACCCGCGACAUCGCGCCCCCCUCAUCGCGCCGGACCAGCACCCUGCCCCUACCCCAGUGGAUAAUACAAUAUUUUGAUGCCCCUGCCAGUUCGAAUCGUGAUAUCGUGCGGCGUUUCGAUUGAGAAAAGGCGGUGAAAAUAUUACACACUUUAGUUGUAUUUGGCAAGAGGCUGUAGAGCUGCGCGCUGCGAUUUUGUCAUCGGCGCGAUCAUUGUUAUUCUGCUCCUACGCGAUAAUUAUUCCCAACUCGUCGCGGAUCUUUGGGCAAUGCCCAAUUCUAUAUUUUUGAUUGCGUGACAAAUUCAAGAAACAGCCAGAAACAAAAACAAGCGCAAAUAAAUAAGCAGCUGAAGUAAACAAAAAUACAAGCUCACCCACGAAAAUGCAGAUCGAUUCGAAGCCGCGCAGGCGCAGUGGCUUAACCGUCAUUACGCUGCUGCUGAUCAUCAAAGCCGUAGCUGGAAGGCCUGAUGUGCGGGAGUCGCCCUUCGCCCGCAACCUGCAGCCCCCGCUGCUGCAGCAGGACGAGUCCUUCAACGGCGGAGGAUCGUCGGGCAGGGCGGUGGACAGCUACGGCAACCCCAUCGACGCCCUGCGGCCCAUUGACACGCCCGAUGGGCGGAAGGUGGUCAGUGCGCAGGGCGUGCAGUUCGAGAUACCCACCUACGCCUCGGGCAUCACGGAGAUCCGGCGCCCGGCCGAUGAUCUGCUGCCGCCGCACAUUGGUGAGUUAGCCAACGACGGCAACGGUGCCCGCAACGGCACCAACGAGGGACCCCAAAAACAGAGACCAGGGACCGAAACGAGCACAGACACUCCACUGACACCGCUCACGAGUAGUUCUCCUAGCAGUAACCCUAGUAGUAGAAACAGCACCCGCAACGCACUAGCAGCACCUCCACCCAUUGCACCCACUAAUAACAAGCUGGCCAAGCGCGACUCGCAGGGCGGCCAGUUCCCCAUUGCUCCACCCAGUAAUCACCACGUCCCGCCCCCCUUUUCCCUGAUCAAGUUGAAUCCCUUCGAGAACGGCGAUUCGCCCGUCACCCAAAUCGGUUCCCGGCCCAAACACGCGCCCUGUCCUGCUCCCUCCCCCAACGCGAAUUGCUCGAAAUACUCAACUCCGAAUCCGAAUACUCCUCUCCAACCAGAUGCCAUCGCUGUGGGCCUGGAACCCAGCUCCGAUCCGAACCCGAAUCCGAGUCGGAACUCAUACUCUGGCACAACAUCAGCCUCUGCACACGCACAAAUUCCAGCCACAUCACUAACACCGCCCCUCCAUGAUCCAUUACCCGACACAACGACGCAUGCGGAUGCGGAUGCAGUUGUGGAGGUGGAGCAAGCCCACCUGGUGCCACUCGCCCAGCAACAGCGAGAGGAAAGCGUCCAGGAUGUACAGCUGGUCAGUGGCUCGCUGCCGGACUACCUCAAGGAGCUUCAGCGCCAGGACGCCGACAUUGAUGGUCCUGUGCCCUGGAAGCCAGCCGAAGACGGAGCGCCACUGAGCGUGAUUGCCUGGGAUCUGCUGCCGCCGUAUCCGGAGAAGGAACCGGCGAUCAUUACGCAGACGGAGCAACAGCCCGCCAAGCGUGUGCAGGGUAUCGUCGAUCCGGUAAGCCAGAACAUACGGAUCAGCCUGAGCAGCGGAAAUGCCUUGAGUGCGGCGGAGCCUCAGCCACAAAGCCAUCCGCCCGUGGAGCACGGCACCAAUGCCCAUGUGGGCAGCACCACGCCAAGCAACCCGGGACGUUUUCCCAACCGCCAACGCGGCACCGCCCACUACAGCACCACCCGAAGCAGCAGCACCACCCUGAGGCCAAGGACCACGACGACUACAACCCUGAGACCCACCACAACGACAACCACACCACGUCCCACCACGACUACUACGACGACCACAACUCCGAGGCCCACCACGAGGACCACAACUACGCGGCUCCCCACAACGAAGCCCACUAGAGCCACCACGACAACCACCGAGGAUCCCUCCAGCUUUUACCGCCUGGAAAAGGCCGAGGAGUACGCCUACACACUGCCGCCGUGGCUCCAGGAGGUGACCGAUCCGGAUCUGGACGUGGCAGUCACCUUCGCAGUGCCCACCGACAACGAUCAGUACAACCACACGCUGGCCAACGACCUGGAGCCGCCGUUCGAGCCAUUCGUGGAUCUGGGCAACAUCCAGCUGACGCCUCCGCCCACGGCCGGACUCCCGACGAGCACGGCGGCGCCGACAACGACACCUUCUCCAUCUCCAUCGACCACCAAGAGCACCACUACAACCACCACCACAACAACCACCACCACUACCACUACCACCAGAAAACCAACCACUACAACGACGCAACGUCCCACUACGCUGCGAACCACUACCUCAAAUGCACCCACAAGCACUCAACCAUCGCCACCGCCAGCUAAACUGAUCACAACCACCCAACAUGCAGAUUCGCCGCAGCCGGAGAACGCAGUCGGAGCGUCCUCCACUCCGAGCCCCGUGGAAGCCAACCCCUUCGAUUCGGCAACGAUUCCAGCCUGGCUGCGGGACUUUGACUAUCCGGACGUGGGUCCCGGCGUUCCCUUUAACCCAGACAACUUUGGAUCCGGAUCAGGAGCAAGCAGUACUCGCUCUCCCCCAACCCCGCCUCCCACAACCAUCUCCUCCUUCUCCCACUCCUCAGCUUUUCCAUCCAAAGUCACGCUUCCGCUUCCAGGCAGCAGCGAGGAGCCGCCGCUAGUGCUGGUGCCGCCCGCCGAUCACCCGGAAGCCAGUCCAGAGUCCGGCCCACCUCUACUGACCAACUCUGUCACGCCUUUUGCAGCCCGUCUGGAUCCCCAGUCUACCAUCGGUUCGCCCAACGCCAGUCCCAACUCCAUCGGCGGAGAGCAGUUCCCGCCCUUCGGCACCGCCGGCGGCAAGGUGGAGUACACUAAGAGCGACGAGGGCAAGGUCAUCAGUACUCCGGUGGCCGGCAGUAACCAGCGCAAACCCGAGAGUGCCACGCCCCCCAGCAGCAGCAGCAGUAAUAGUGGAAAGUAUACAGGCGGAUUCGGAGCUCCGCCCGGCCUUCUGAAGCCGCAUUCCGCCUCGAACUCCAACGCCGUCUCAGCCUCGAGCUCCCAAACGGACAUAUACGUGGCCGGAAACCAGCACGAAUUUAGCCAAGUGUCGAAGGCCAAUAAGGCGCGGCCUACUGUCAAUCCGGGCCGCUACACGGGAGGAUUCGGUGCGCCAACCGGCGUACUCUCCCCCCAAGCGGAGCCCCGCCCUUUCCAACACCAUUCCGUGCAACAGCCGCAGCAUAAUCUUCAGGCGGCGGCCACGGAGCAGAGGCGGGAACAGAGUCGCUUCGGUGGGCCUCCGGGCAUCCUGGUGCCCUUCGACAACGUGCAACGCACCGGGGGGCAGUAGCCGGAGUAGCAGGAAGGAAAGUCCUGCCGAUGCAGUAGUAGUUGCCCGCAAGCACUUAAAUUAUUUGUAGCCCACGUACAUGUACCUUUUGCCAAAAUACUUAUCCAAUAAACCGCCUCAGAAGUACCUAAUUGUUGCACUUACUCCAUUAGGGUGGGCGAUCGUAGUUAGCCACUAAUUAGACUUCGGGCCAUCCCACUCGAUUCCAGGCAUUUUGUGUUUGGCUCUACACUUGAACUCUUUAAGUCUCUCGGAUUUUGUUUAUAUUUAUUAUAAUUAUUGGUUAUAAUUGUUGACAUGUGCAGGUCCUGUGAUUGUACGCCCGAGAGGUGCACCAUGGCCUACUCUUACAUCUGCAUCUGUGUUGGAUUCUUCUUCGUCUUAAUGGCAGCCGUUGAUGUACUUACGGGUGGAUUUCCGAUACAGUACCUCUUUGUGCCCAUAUUGGGCCUCUCCUACAUGCUUGCUGGAAUUUUAAUGCAAGUGGGCAUGAAUAAGAAAAAUAAAUCAACUUUUGUGAUUGGAAAAGUUCUCAGCUACUUUCUGCCAAUAGCCUUCAUUCUUCUGAUAGUAUUUCUAGUAAUUCAUUUAAUAUUCAUAUUUCACUUGUGCAAGUAUAAGAAAGAAGUGUUUUAGUAUUUGACUAAGAAAACUCCAUCAUCCACUUUCAUAAAUAGUUUUUCAUUCAUAACCUAUUUCAAGACGUAAUAUUUUUAAAUCGCUAAAGUGUAUAUGUCUAGAGUGCAUAUAAUGGAUUUAAUUGCUUCUAGAAUGGUUCCAGAAUGGCUCCAAGUUAUUCGACAAUUUUCAAGAUCGAGGUCGGCCAGUAACUUUACCUUUCCGUCAAAUGUCUACUUCCCCCUACCGACUUUAUAUAAAGUAUAAGUCUCAGUCUAAAUUACAUACAUUGUUUGAAAAUGUGCGAUAAAAAUCCUCCACCAGAAACAUGGACACUCAUUUACUCCAUAAUAUGCAUUGUCCUUGGCGUUAUCCUGAGUGUAGUCUUCAUUUAUUUUGGACUUGAAGAACAGGAGAAGGUCGAUAAUCUAAAGCCAUUCAUGGAAAUUGCCUACGCAGUUGGCUACAAUCCCUACGAGAAGCAGUACAGAAAGUCACGGGCGAUAGCAGCGGUCUGCUUCGCAGGAUUUGUAUGUGCCGUCUUUUAUCUAUUCGCUGGAAUAUUUAUGCUGAUAGGGAUGAAGAUU